UGGCAUGGGGAAAUACGGUUUUCCCUCUAAUAGAAUAAUGUCUUUUUCCCUUCAGAUGGCGAAUUAGAGUUUUCUCCCUUCAAACAGUGUUCCAGGGUUUUUCCAUGAAUUGAGAACCAGGGUAUUCCCCUUAAAAUGGAGAAUUCGGUUUCUUCCUUGUGGUUUUCCCCUUCAAACGGAGAAUGACUCUUUCUAUUAAUUCAGACGGAGAUUCAGUAUUUUUCCACUGAAAUGAAGAAUCAGGGUUUUCUUCCCUACUCUUCCGUGGAUUGAAAUGGAAGAUUGUGGAACGUGAUUUCUGAAGAUGAAGCUAGUUUAAUAAUAUUCCAUUUUAGUUCUCUAUCAGGCAUUCAAAUGCAGAAAUAGACCAUAGAGACUCUGAAAGUUUGGAGAUUUUUUGAACCACUAUUGAGAUUUACUUUUUUAUAGCGAUGCAUACCUACAAGAUAAGGGGUAUCAAUGUUAAAUUCCCAUAUAAAGCUUAUGAUUGCCAGAUUGCCUACAUGGAUAGUGUUAUUCACUGUUUACAGGAGGGAUCCAAUGCUGUACUGGAAAGUCCCACUGGAACGGGCAAAACCCUGUGUUUGCUCUGUGCUACCUUGGCAUGGAGACAAAGCUUAAAAUCUUCUGCAGAAAAUGUGGAGGAUGAAGUGGAGGGUUCUGCUUCUGGUAGGCCAAAGCUUCCUACCAUUAUAUAUACUUCACGCACUCAUAGCCAGUUGAAACAAGUCGUUCGAGAGCUGAAAGCAUGCCCUUACAGGCCCAGGAUGGCAGUGUUAGGUUCUCGUGAGCAAAUGUGCAUUCAUGAUGAAGUGAGUAUGCUUCGUGGGAAAUUACAGAACGGUGCUUGCCAAUCACGUUGCAAAAAACGCUCUUGCUUCCAUCAGAUGCGUGUCUCUGACUAUAUAAAGGAUAAUCCUAAGCUUGGGUGUGAGCCUUUGGACAUAGAAGACAUGGUCAAUAUAGGGCGAUCAGAAGGACCGUGCCCUUAUUACUUAUCUAAAGAACUUCACAAGGCAGCUCAUAUACUGUUUGCCCCUUACAAUUAUCUUAUUGACCAUGGGAACCGUCGUUCUCUUAGUGGUAUUUGUUGGGAGAAUACUGUGCUCAUUUUUGAUGAAGCUCACAACUUGGAAAGCAUAUGCGCUGAUGCUGCCUCAUUUGACUUGCCCAUAAGCCACCUGACUGCUUGUAUUUCAGAAGUGAAAAAGUGUGUUGGGAUUUCUGUUGCAAGAAAGACGGCAGAAAUGGUAGAGGAUAAAUCACUGGAUCCUGAGAACUAUGCAAUCCUAAGGGGUCUUCUACAGAAGCUAGAGGAACGGAUAGCCCAAGAGCCGAUCCAUUCAAUUGAAUCGGGAUUCACUCGACCUGGACCUUAUAUUUUUGAACUUUUUGCUGAUCUUAACAUCACACAAUCAACAGUCGGGACGCUGAUUAAUACUAUUGAUCAUGCUAUACUACUUCUUCAGGAUGAUAUGCUUGGAUCUGCACUUCCUUCAGAUUUGCCUUCUGAUACACUACAAUCAAAGGGAAAGGGUACGAUCAAGCUAGAAAACCUGAGGGAUAUCUUUGAGCUUAUCUUCAGAAAGGGUGACAAUUCUCAUGCAGCUUCCUACCUCGUUCAUGUACAUGAGCCCCAAAUAAAUGAUGCUGCUUCAUUUAAAGCAUGCCUAUCUAAUCUUAGCCAUCACACCAUUCAUUGUCCUCCCCGAUGGUUAUGGGCUAUUUUGGCCUUCAUACUAAUGGCUAAGGGCUGUAGAACACUGAGCUGGUGGUGUUUCAACCCUGGAAUUGCGAUGCAAGAAUUUGAGAAAUUGGGUUUACGCUCCAUCAUUGUGACUUCUGGAACAUUAUCCCCCUUGGACUCGUUUGCUUCUGAAAUGAAGUUAGAUUUUAAAGUUAGGCUGGAGAAUCCUCAUGUUAUACAACCCAAUCAAGUCUGGGUUGGUGUUGUGGCUUCAAGUCCAUCUGGUCACUCUUUCAAUUCUUCCUAUCGAUUUCGUGACACUGUCAAGUACAAGCAAGAACUUGGCUCUGCUAUUGUGAAUUUUGCUCGAAUUGUUCCCGAUGGACUACUUAUUUUCUUUCCAUCCUAUUACUUCAUGGAAAAGUGCAUUGAAUACUGGCAGAGUAUGGGUAACGAAAGCUCUGCAAAUUCGAGUUCAAUCUGGGAAAGAAUUUGCAAACUUAAGCAGCCAGUUAUAGAGCCCCGGCAAUCUGUGCUUUUUCCACAAGCAAUUGAAGAUUUUAGGGCAAAAUUAAAUGACACCUCUACUUCUGGUGUUGUUUUUUUCGCUGUUUGUCGUGGCAAGGUGAGCGAGGGUUUGGAUUUUGCUGACCAUGCUGGGAGAGCUGUUGUAGUUACCGGUAUACCUUACGCUAUGUUGACUCAUCCAAAGGUACGUUUGAAACGUGAGUACUUGGAUGAGAUUGCUUGUUCACAGGACAAGAAAGUCAAGGCUUUGACUGGGGAAGAGUGGUAUGUCCAGGAGGCAGUUCGAGCAGUAAAUCAGGCUGUUGGGCGUGUAAUACGACAUCGUAAUGAUUAUGGAGCGAUUAUUUUCUGUGAUGAAAGGUUUGCUCAACCGAGAUAUCAAUCUCAAAUGUCAAUGUGGCUUCGUCCUCAUAUCAAGUGUUACUCUCAAUUUGGGGAAGUUACACGUACAUUGACCAGAUUUUUUAAGGGCUUCAAAGAUCCUGAAGGACUUGGUCCUCACAUGCCAAUUUUUUCAGAAACUAAUAUUAUGACAAUUGAAGAUUCAAAUUUGGCUCCAGACCAAGCAAAUGAUGAGGGGAGACUCAAAACCCCAGACAAAUGUAUGCCUUUUAACAAUGAGUCUUCUAAGCUAGCAGAUGCAAAAUCUAGUGAGAUAAUGGAUUGCCAAGCCGAUGCUACAUUAUGUUUUUCAUCUAGAACAAUCUCACCUUUGAUUUCUUGCCAGAACACUCUUCCAUCAUCUGAAAGCCGAAAGAGAUCAUUGUUUUCUAUGCUUGCUGAUACCAAAAGCAAGAGUAAUAAUCAGUUUGCAGGAAUCACUCCAGCCAAUCUUUCUGCUCUUAGUACAAGAAAACUUGACCGCUUCUUCACCUUUAGAGAAUCAAGUUCCCCUUCCCUGAAUUAUGGAAAAGUACACAUUGCUAAAGGUGAUAGAAAAGACGUUGAUUAUGACUCUGUGGUGGUGGACUUGACCAGUGACUCUCCUUCAAAACACUUCCCAAAAGAGGAGUUAAUUGGGCCUGGUCCUUCUAAGGUUGUUAUAGAUGUUGAUAUGCACGUAAAAGCAACACAAAAUUCAGAUAAACUUGGCUCUUGUAGAAAGCUAUCUUCACAAUUUAAGCAUUUGCCCUGUAGCUUGUCUGUAAAUAAUGCAGAAAAACAGUGUCCAUCUAUCAGCAACAAAUCGAUGGCUGUUGAUAUAUCUAUGGGAAAGGUGAAAGUGGGGGCAGCUAUGGGAAAGGUGAAGGUGGGGGCUCAAGAUCAAGACGAUAAGAAUAGCAUGCAAAAAUUUAUACCUAAUGGUGAUGAGAAAACGACAAAAGCAUCUGAUUUCUUGAAACAGGCUCAACUUAAAUUGAGUGGUGCGGAAUACAAAAAAUUUGUGGAAUUCAUGAGAGCACUCAAGGCCAAGACAAUGAAUAUGAGUUCUCUGUUGGAAUCAGUUGCAGAAAUGUUCUCUUCACCAGAAAGGCUUUUUCUUCUUAAGAGAUUCAAGGACUAUGUCCCUGCAAAUUAUCUCCCUCUGUAUGAGAAGCAUCUUAAAGUUCGGUUUGGAGCAGCUGGAAAAGACGGUGAAGCAACUAUGAAUUGAACCUGUGAUCUGCAAUGUUGGUUGUCGUAUGAAGCUUCUGGAUUACAAGAUCUGCCAUGGAAUUCAUUUUGUAAAUUAAGUUGUACACUACAUGUGACCACAACCUAUUCAUCAUCACAAGGGAUCCGAGAACAAAAGUUGAUUCUUGGAUUGUCAAAGAGGCACGUGUAUGUAAUCAUUUUUAGUAUGAAAAGAUAGGAUUGGUGCUCCUUUCUGAUUAAUUACUUGUUGCUGGUAUUAUAUUUUUGGUUUCCGUAUUUAAUUUGGUCAUGGGGGAGGUGUUGGGCAUUGAUUUAUACGAGUUGAGCUGGUCAGCUUUGCAAUAAAGAAAUAGUCAUGCUG